AUAUAAAUAAAGAUGAUGAAACAUGACAGCACUAUCGUAAUAAGCGGAACCGAUUUCCUGUGGGGACAUAAUUAGGUGAAGGACCGAUUCCUGAACGCCCGCUUCAUUCGGUUCACGUGAGAAGAAGUCACCAUGCCAACGGAUACUAAACGUGUACGCGCCCCCGAGGUGUCUCAAAGCCCGUCUUUGUUCAGCUGUGGACCCGCCGUGGUUCUCCCGUCGCAUGGGGCCCGAGCGGACGGCCGCCAGCGGGAUCAGGUGGACGUCCGGCCGGUGUUUGUGCGCUGCGGCCUGGUGAGCCAAGCUAAAGGUUCCGCGUACAUAGAAGCCGGAGACACCAAGCUGCUGUGCAGCGUUUACGGCCCCAAAGAGACUGAGCGGAAAGAUGAGACUGACAUGAAAUGUGGACGGCUGACCACAGACAUGCGGUUCGCCCCAUUUUCCUGCCCAGAGAGGGGCUCCUGGAUCCAGGGGAGCCAAGACAAGAACUUCUCUCUGAUGCUGCAGGAGAGUCUGCAGCCGGCUCUGUGCCUUCACAAAUACCCACGCUCCCAGAUUGAGGUCAACGUCAUGGUCCUGGAGAACAGCGGUUCCGUUCAGGCUCACGCCAUCACGUGCGCCUCCCUGGCACUGGCUGAUGCUGGGAUUGAAAUGUACGACCUGGUGCUGGGCUGCUCCAUCCGUCAGGACGGCUCCUCCUACGUGGUCGACCCCACCUACUUAGAAGAGAACAACUGGAGCAGCAGCGAACACCAAGGAGGGCUCACUGUGGCGUUUCUCCCCAGCCUGAACCAGGUUUCCGGCCUACAGUCGGAUGGAGAAAUGACCGAAGAGACUCUAACGGCAGGGAUCAGGACCUGCAUCGAGGGAUGUUACAAACUGUACCCAGUAAUCCAGCAGGCUUUGGUUAAGGCUGUUCGCAGAGCGGCGCCCGAGAGCUAGGAGGAAAAAUUAACCACCAAGGGUUUCCUACAGAUUUUUCUACAAGAUUUUGAAAAUUCAUGACAUAUUUUCUCCUUGUUUUUAUAAUCUGACAUCAAAUGUUCUGCCAACUUCCUGCUAAUCCAGAAGACACUUAGAUUAAUCCUAUUCAUUAUUUUCUCUUAUGUCUCACUGCUGGAAAAACUUUGUUAAUUUGAUUGAAACAUUUCUACUAAAAAAGAAAAAUUCUAAAUAAAAAGUUAAGCAAGAUAAAA